UUAGACUCGACAAUUUAGAGCUUUGUGCGACAUUGAACAAAGUGAACGUCUUUACUUGAGCUUCCUUUCAACGUUAUCAAAUCAAACGUGACCAUGCUUAUCAACGGAUAUUCCUGCACCAAGCUUCUGUUUUUGAUGGCCUGCCUGUGCUUGGCAUUUGAGGGAAAAACUGUCUCGGCGAAAAAGUGCACUGUGGGAUAUAGGCUGAGACCCGGAAAGUGCGAAUGGUAGAGCCAUAGAGCCAUAAAAAGGACUACAAAUCAAAUUGUAUCCAUGUUGAAACAACUAUAUUGAUUACAACAAAUAAAUCAUUAAUUUCUGAGCAUAA